GAAGCGAAACUCGGAGGUGAAACGACACGGGAUGAGGUCGUGUGAGGUUCUGAGAAGCUCGCAGCUCUAUCUCGUCGGCGAUGGACGAGACUGCCCGUGGAAACCGGUCAAAUUGUACAGGGUACCCCUGCUUAUCUGCAAGAAGAGCAGUAAGCCUUCUUCUUCUUCAAGCUCCAGUAAUGGCUUCUCUGCCGCGGUUUCGUUAUCAGUGGAGAAAGCAGUUGGGGCGGCGACCGCCUUCUCCAUGGAAAGCCCACCCCGUGGGUAUCGUAAAAAUGUCGGGAUUUGUCUCGUCAAUCCCACUUCCAAAAUGAUUUUCGCGGCGUCGAGGAUAAACAUCCCGGAUACUUGGCAAAUGCCUCAGGGAGGCCCUGACGACGGAGAAGAUCUCAGAAACGCGGCAAUGAGAGAGUUGAGGGAGGAAACAGGAGUUACUUCAGCUGAGUUUCUUGCUGAGGCACCCUACUGGCUGACUUAUGAUUUCCCACUUCCAAUUAGAGACAGGCUUAAUCGGAGAUGGGGUACCAACUACAAGGGUCAAGCUCAAAAGUGUUUCUUUUCAAGUUUACUGGAAAGGAGGAAGAAAUUAACCUUUUGGGAGAUGGAUCUGAAAAGCCAGAAUUCAAGCACUGGACAUGGAUGCCACCUGAGCAAGUCGUUGAACUUGCUGUGGAUUUCAAGAAGCCAGUAUAUCAGGAAGUUAUGGACUUGUUUAGUCCAUUAAUCCAGGCAGAUGGCGAUGCUAAACAAGAUGAACGUUUUGUUAAAACAGGCUGUGCAUUUCAAGAAGCCAGUAUAUCAGGAAGUUAUGGACUUGUUUAAUCCAUUAAUCCAGGAUGACGGCGAUGCAAAACUGCAAGACGAGACUAGUUCCAGACUCCAUACCGAGCUAUCUCCAGUAAAAACUAGAGGAGUUGGAGGAGGUACCGCCAUCUUCAGCAUCUGUUGUACCCGGCUGUGAAUGUUGUUUUCAUCCAUCGAAUAUCUUAUAUCGAUGUUUAGGAGAACCUAUUUUAGAAAGAAACCCGAAGCAAUUCGUUAUUCUUGCCCAUGCUUCCCGAGUUCAAAACUUUCAGAGGAUCAAAGAAAACUUUCUGAAACGGUAACAAUGACAUUUUACAUUCUAAUGUAUUGAUGAAUGCUGCAAAACAAUCAAUCUGAUGGGAAGCCUUACCAUCCACCAACCAAACCUUCUUCUCUUCGGAACACUGACUGUUUCCCUUUCCUUUUCUCAUUAAAGCACUCUCAAUGCUAGUGCAAUGCAACUCUUUCUAUUGCAUUUAUGAGAGGAGGAAAUGAGUGUUACUUCAGCUGAGUUCCUCGCUAUGGAGACGGGGUACCAACUAUGAAGGUCAAACUCAUUAGUGGUACGAACAGUUUACGUCAAAUGGAACGUUAUUAUUAGCUCGAUAAUACGUGACCAUUUGACAAUAAUGAAUGAAGUCUCUGUUACCCCAUUAUAACCUUCGUAUUGGGCAACACUACAGGUUCCUCUUCAAGUUUAUUGGGAGCUGAUCUGAGAAGCCGGAAUUCAAGCACUGGACAUGGAUGCCACCAUAGCGAGUCGUCGAACUUGUGAGUUCACUUAACUCUCAUCAUCAUCAUUGUUAUCAUAAAGCUUCUUCCUUUUGGCUGCCGUUAUGAAUUACUGCCCGUAGACAGGAAAAAGAGCAACUUUUAUUUUAUGUACUUGUCUCGUUUUGUUAAAACAGGCUGUGGUUUUCAUGAAACAGUCUACCAAGAGGUUGUACAACUGUUUAUGGGAGAUGGUGAUGCAGAAUAGCAUGAAGAAAUAGCUUUACGAAACCCUACCGUACCGGCCGGUCGGAUCGGAAAUACCGGAUACCGGACUCAAAACAGUAGGCAGUUUUAGUGGUAGUAAACGGUUCAAUCACAGUUAAACCACGAUUUUAGUACAAAAUACUCUACCAUUCACUUUUCCAGUAUAACCUCCGAUACAGUUUUCUAAGAGGAAGAGAAGUAGGAACGUGAGGAGAUGUCUCACUCUCUAGUGUUGGUUGUACUCAGUAAUGAACGUUUUGUCAUCAA